GUAGUAGUAGUAGUAGCAGUAGUAGAGUGUUAUCCGAUUAAACAAGAAGAAUAUUUAGCUACUUGUCAAGUUGAUUUUAUCAAUUGAAAUUCAAUGAAUCAAACUACUGACCAAUAUUAUUUCUUCUUUAUGGAUAGUUUAAGCCUUAUAAUUACUUCUUCAUUGAUAAUUAUGGAAAUAAUUAACAAUUUAUUGUGGAAUAAAUAAAUUGGAAUUAUAUUCUUGGUAUUCAUACUGUUUGAAGGAUUGAAGUUUUAUCAUAGAAGAAGAUUUUGUAAAACUAUCCACCUUUUUUUAUUCAGUCUAAUGGAAAAUGAAUAGUGGACCAGCAGUUGUAUUAAAAAAUAAUACAUCAUCAUUAUACUCAACAAGUGUAUCCAAUUUAUCCUCAAAGAAAUUCACAUCUGAUUUGAAUCAAAUGAAAAGUGAUGUACCACAUUCUUCAUGUCUAUCUAGUACAUUAUUUCCAAACUGUUCAAUACAUAUGCUAAAUUCUACUGGAUGUAAAAGUAAUUUUACUAAAAUCACCAAUUCCACAUUUACUACUACUACUACUACUACUGCUACUACUACUAAUAAUAAUAAUAAUAACAAUACUAUUACAAAUUAUCGUUUAACUAAUCGGUAUAGAAUGGAUAUGAUCUAUGGAAGUGAUACAUUAUUACAUAGUAAAGAUUAUCAACAUGUAUAUUCUAUUGAACAUUUAAUGAAUCAUAAUUCAGUGGAACAUUUAAAAACAUAUCAAAAUGCAUCAAUAAUGGAACCAACUACAAGUAUAACAAUAAAGCGUAGAUUACCACCAUUAGGUAAAAGUGAUAGCAGUGAAACAGAUUUACAAUUUAGUUGGAAUGAUAACAAUCUAAGGAUUGAAGAUGAAAAUAAAAUUGAAGAUCAACAUGGUAGAACUGAAGGUAGAAAUUUGACAAAAAUCAAUAUUAAUCAGUAUGAUAAUAUCAACAAUGAAAAUGGUGAUAAGAUAAAGGAAACAUUUCCAGAAUCGUUAUAUUCUAGUUUACAUGAUGUAAAAAAGGAUAAAGAAGUAUGUUUUUAUUGUCAUAAUCGAUUACCAAGUUAUACACAUCAAUUGAAUAUUCUUCCUUCAAGUCGUAAAGAUAAUGAAGAGAAAUUAUCAUUAUUAUCACCUUCAUCAACAUGUUCAAAAUAUGAGAUUAGACCAAAUACAACUGGUGAAAUAUCAAAGUAUAAAAAUGAAUAUGAAGAUUCUUUCUCUGAUCGAAUCCUUUCCAAUGAUAAUCAUGUUUAUACUCAAAAUAAUUAUAGUAAUAAUGACAGUAAUUCAUCUAGACAUCUAUCUCAUACUCUAUAUACUGAGAACUUAAGCAUUGUAACAACGAAUCAUUAUCCAGUUAGUUGUAUUACAACUAACCAUAAUUCUAAAUCAUAUUUCACAUAUCCUGAUCUGAAAAAUACUCAUCUCUCCUGUAAUAUUACCACCAAUAGUAAUAAUAAUAAUGAUAAUAAUAAUAAUAAUUACAGUAUUCAUCCUGUAUUCAGUAAAGAACAACAGCCUAUAUUGACAACUAUACGUAACAGUAUACCUGGAAGUUCAAUACUUCAUGGCUAUCUAAAAACAUCUAUCAGUGAAGCUAGUUAUAAAACUAAUGGAAAUCGUGGUAUGCAUACAGUUAAUCAACGAACAAUAUCAGUACCAACAGUAUCAACUAAUUCUUGUCAGAAAUCAUUAAUACAAAUAAAUAAAACUACUAAUUCAGAUGGACAUUGUGAAACAAUAACAGAAGAUAAGAAUACAGGUGAAAUUACUAUAGCCAAUGAAGUGAUAACACGAAGAAGUGUAAAUUCGAAUACUGCAAGUCAAAUUAUCUCAGAUCCUCGUUCAAGAACCUGUUGUUUCUGUUGGUGUUGUUGUUGUUCAUGUUCAUGCAUGCGUGUACGAACAAACAUUGGUGAAUCUAAAAGACCUUCUGCUUCAAAUGAUCCACAGUCAACAAUAGACGGUCCAGUUACAGAUGAAAGAAUUACAUUAGAAGAAAUGAAGAAGUGGGCAGAAUCAUUUGAUAUUCUAAUGAGGAGUCCAGGCGGUCAAAAAAUGUUUCGUGAAUUUCUUCGAUCAGAAUACAGUGAAGAGAAUAUUAUGUUUUGGCUUGCUUGUGAAGAUAUUAGAAAGGAGACUAAUUUAGAAAUUGUUGAAGAGAAAGCUCGUAUUAUAUAUGAAGAUUUUAUAUCAAUAUUAUCACCACGUGAAGUUAGUUUAGAUUCUCGAGUACGUGAAAUUAUCAAUAGUAAUAUGAUUGAACCAACACCGCAUAUAUUUGAUGAAGCUCAAUUACAAAUCUAUACUCUUAUGCAUAGAGAUUCAUAUCCACGUUUUUUAAAUUCUAAACUUUAUAAAGAUAUGAUUGAUGAAGCAAAAGACUUUCAAAGUUGAUUAUUCUCAUUGAAUAUAUAACUAUCUACUUUAUAUAUCUAUAUAAAUAUAAUAGUAAAUUAUUAAGGUAUAUUACUAUAGGUUUUUCAUUAAUAAAAGUUGUUACUAGACAAAAAUCUUGAUAAUUACAUAAUCAUUAUAUUAGUAUGGAUUAAUACUUUAUCCUAUUCAAUCUAUAUGAAGUAUAAUUCUAUACGCUUAUUUUCUUCAUAUUCAAACCUGUUAUGAAACCAUCAAUUAGUUGAAGGAUAACAUUCUCAAAUGUGUUGUACAGAUGAUUAUGUAAUACGCUAUGUAUGUAUGUAUGUAUGUAUGUAUAUGAUGGUAAGCAUCGAAAUGAAGUAAUUACUAAUCGAACCAACUUAUAAAGGAUAUACAUAUAUAUAUAUAUAUAUUCACAGGAAGGGACAAACUAUUGAUCUAUAAAUGCUUAUUUUACAAUGAAUAAUUAAUUCAUUAACUUGUUUAUUCAUUCCAUUGAUUGUUAUACCAUUCUGUUCUGAAUGUCUUGAUAAAUGUACGUUGAUUAACUUUCCUUGAUUAAUUGUUCUCUUCAACCUUUUGUUUCUCAAUUCAUAUAAAGAGAUGUACACAUAUUUGUCUAACAGGCUGGUCCUGUAUUGUGAUUUCCUAUAUCAGUUUUCUUUUUUUUUUUUCCUAGGAUUUCAUCAAACUAAUCUUGUAUUGUUUUUUUUUAUUUCAAGAAAAAAAAAGUAUUGUUCAAUGUUUCAACAUUGAAACAUUGAACUUGUUUAACGGUUAUAACUAUUGCUCGAAUUUCUUCGCGCCUUCUUUGAAUUUACAAUGGAUGAUUUUUACAGAGUAUAUUUCUAUCUAAUUGUUCUUUAAAUUUCUUGAAUGAAACCAUCUAUUGAACAAGUGAUCAUAUUGAAUGACCUUGAAAGGGUAUUGUUCACUUUUAAAUAAUUUUUAAGGUGACUGAAGAAUAUGAUUGAAUAAUAUUCAAUUAAUGUGUUAAGGUACCCUUUUUCGUUUAGACUUUUUCAAUGUCAUACUAUUAUCAAUACCAUGAAUAUAACUGUUGUGAUUAUUAUUAUUAUUAUUACUACUAAUGUAUGUUUACUUUUUCAACUGAUGGAGUAUCUCAGUUCAAUGGAUAUCUAAGAUGGCGGUUGAAAAACACACAGACAGGCAGACAGACAGAUAGAUCGACAAACAGGGGAUAACAUUUCAUUGUAUCCCUAGUAGAAUUCCAAUCAUUGUUCAAUUCCAAAUAGUUAUAUAAUUAUUUGUCUCUAUUUUUUCGUCUUAAUCGAUAAGAUCAGAGUAAUAAUUCUCAAUGAAUCUAUUAAUAUACAACCAAUGAAAAAGAAAAAAAUUAAACAAAACACAACUUUUGUUUUUCCAUAUAUUUUUCUCUUUGUUUCUCACUUACUCUUCUCUAUUUGUUUAACUUAACUCUAGUAUAUAUGUUGACAAGACUAUCUUCAUUGUUAUAUAUAUAUAUAUAUAUAUAUAUAUAUAUAGAUAAGAGAGAGAGAGAGAGAGAGAGAGAGAGAGAGUGAGAGAUGGUAGGAGAGAGAGAGAGAGAGAGACACGAAUAAUACCAAUUAAAUCCAUUGAAACCAAAUUAGUUCGUUGUAUGUAGAAAACUGUUUAAAAAAUCGAUUAUAUUGAGGAGUCAAUCAAAAGUGAUCAUAUCUUUGAACUAUUUUCUCUUUCUUCUCCUUUCUCAUUUUCUCUAUUUCUUAGUUUAUCGAUUUUAACACAUUAUAUUAUUGUUGAAGUGAUGAUUAGAAAGGGGAUAAACAGAUAUAAAAUUGUCAUAACAUAUAGAUAUUGAUAUAUUGUAUAACUUCCAUCUUUACUAUAAUAAUAUACAGUAGAUACAGUACAUACUUCAAAAGUAUGUACGGAGUAUUUGACGGAAAAAAAUAAUAAAAAUUUUAAUGUUUUAUUCAUAUGUAAUUUGUGUUAUUAUGAUUUAUUUCCAAAAGGAAAGAAUAUUUCCAGAAAAUAAAGUUGAUUUCAUUGA